UUUUCUUAUUUCUCUACAAUAGUUUAUGCCAAAGUGGCUUCAUUCAUACGGAUGAACCAAGGAUUGCGCUAGCACUAUACAAUUAGAAUCAGACAGCUGAUUGGCCAGCAGGAUGCUGUCAACUACCCCAACAGAGGGCCUGAAGGACCCUGAAAUUGCAGAACUCUUCUUCAAAGAAGAUCCAGAGAAGCUCUUCACAGAUCUCAGAGAAGUUGGCCAUGGAAGCUUUGGAGCAGUGUACUCUGCACGAGAUGUGCGCACCAAUGAAGUGGUGGCUAUCAAGAAAUUAUUUUAUACUGGAAUGCGGUCUACGAAGGUAGGUGAAAUAUAUAUGUUUGUAUCGGCAUGUUAA